AAGCAGCAUCAAAGGCAAGAGUCCACUUUCUUGUUCGAGAGGAAAGGAGAGAAAGAGAGCAUCGUCCAACACCGACCAACACCGCAAGAUCCGACGCAAGCGGCAGCGGCAUGAGCCCACCAAACCUCCGCCCCCAAAGGAUUCCAACAAGAAAGACGAGGAUUUGUCCGAUGAAGAUUUGGCCUCAAGCAGCAAUUAGAAUUGUACGUGGAGAGGGUUCAAGAUUCUGAUCCUGAGAGUAUGAGGCAGGAAAUUCGUACCUCAACUAGUUCCAUGAUACCAAUGCCCCCCGCAUUACGGAACUCUAAAAGCAUACUAUGAAACAAUGACCGAUUCAGAUUUGAAGAACUACCUUGCGGAUAUAUUGUCGGUUUUGGAACUGACCAUGUCUGCUGAAGGAGAACGGGAAAGCUUAAAGUUUAGAUAGUUGGGUUCAGACGGUGAUAUUGGUUCAUGGGGACAUGAAUAUGUCAGGAACUUAGCUGGAGAAAUUGCUCAAGAAUAUGCCAAGCGACAGUUGCAGAGUGAUGAGACCCCGUUUGAUGAUUUAAUGGAGUUAGUACAACAAAUAGUUGCUUUUCACAUGAGGCACAAUGCCGAACCGGAAGCUGUUGACCUUGUAAUGGAGGUUGAAGACCUUGAUCUGUUAGUCGAGCAUGUUGACAAGACAAAUUUUAAGAGUACUUGUCUCUACCUCAUCAGUUUGGUAAGAUUGGUUCCUGGACCAGAUGAUAUGUUAGUUUUGGAUAUUGCAUUCAUGAUAAAUCUGAAAUUUGAAGAAUAUCCAAAUGCACUUCUGAUUGCCCUUUUCCUUGACAAUAAGGAGUAUGUAAAGCAAGUCUUUACAUCUUGUGAUGAUCUGCUGCGUAAAAAGCAAUUCUGUUACAUCCUCGCCCAACAUGGUAGUAAUUUUGAGCUUAAUGAUGAGAUGGUGUCAGAAGAUGAAGAAAGAGAAGCAAUGCAGGACAUUAUUAAUAACGCUAAACUCAGUGAAGGUUAUCUUACCCUUGCUCGUGAUAUUGAGGUCAUGGAGGUCAAAACUCCAGAAAAUAUCUACAAGUUUUGAACGUUUCAUUUCAUGUCAUAGAUCUGACACUUGGUGCACAUUUCAAAAUUUGCUGUUGUGAUGAUAUACCAUCAUAAGAUUUUAAGGAUUACUGCAUUUAAUGUGUAAAAAGCUAUGCUGCUCUGAGUGUUUUUUUGUUGGUUACUUGCGUCCCUAUCAACUUUUGGUAUUUUUUAGUCACUCGAUUGAACUAGGGAGUAAAAUAGUGUUCUUUCACUCAUCUAAUUUAAGUAACUCAAAAUCUACCGAUGAGGUAU